CCUGGAGGGGGCCGCUGGAGGCUGAGGUCCGGCCUCUCGUAUAAAAGACAACUGUUCGGCAGAGAACCGCCACAUUUCGACUGACAUCUCUGUGGAGCGUUGACUCGCUCCUUCCUUUUGGAUUAACCCGACCGAUUCGCGAGUGUGAAGCCAUGAAGGCGGCCGUGCUUGUGCUGGCUGCACUGCAGCUGCAGGCGGUGCUCGGGGGCCACUUCUCGGUCCGCAUGCCCUUCCUGAACCCCGCGGGUGUCACCUACGUGCAGGGCCCCGCCCCCGUGGGCCUGGCCGCUGGCCCAGCCGUGGCUUACGGCGCCGCCCCCGCCUACGCCGCCGCCCCGGCCUACGCUGCCGCCCCCGCGUACGCCGCCGCCCCCGCGUACGCCGCAGCCCCAGUGGCCUACGCCGCUCACCUCAAGACCGCCUCCGUCGGCUACGCCGCCGUGCCCACGGUGCAGCACGUUCCCGCCGUCCACGACGUGCCCUACACUCGCAUCGAAGCCACCCCCGGCGUCGUGCAGAAGGUCGUCGACGUGGCCAAGCCCGCCGUCGCUACCCGCCGCUUCCAGAUCCGUCGCCCUGCCAUCCAGAAGCAGUUCUACGACAUCGAAGAGCGCACCGUCGUCCGUCCUGCCGGAUCAGCUCUGGUUGAGCUCGACCAGCCUCUGUCCAAGACCCAGAAGGGUGAGACUGUCGUGAGCGCUGCCGCCCCCGUGGUCGCUGCCCCCCUGGCCUACGCCGCCCACGCCAAGGUGCUCGCGCCUGCCGUUGCCGCCUACCCCGCCUACCACCACUACCCCGCCCUGUCCGCCGCCCCCAUCGUGGCCGCCAGCUACCCCCAGCAGCAGUUUGAGCAGCUCCAACAGCAGCCCCAGCAGGAGCAGCCCCAGGAACAGCAGCAACAGCAGCAGCAGUUCGACCAGCAGCAGCAGCAGUUCGACCAGCAGCAGCAGCAGUUUGACCAGCAGCAACAGCAGCAACAGCAGCAGCAGUUCGAGCAGCAGCAGCAGCAACAACAGCAGCAGCAGCAGCAACAACAACAGUUCGAUCAGCAGCAGCAGCAGCAACAGCAGUUCGAGCAGCCCCAACAAGAUGAUAGCAUUGAGGUCUCGAACCCUGACCUGUCCCAGCUGAAGCCCGCCCCUGUCGUCGAGACCCGCUCCCUGGGCUCUCCCCUUGAGGGUCUCAUCCCUGCCCCCGCUCCCCGCUCCUCCGCCGACGUCGUCCCCUCCGUCCGCAACCUCAGCCCCGAGCAGAGCCAGGAGAACCAGCAGAGGCUCAUCCAGCUUCUUACCGCCCAGGUGCAACACGAAUUCCUCAACCUGCUUCAGGGUGGCGUCGCUGAGGUGGGCUCCGCCCGCUCCGGCCCCGCUGCCGGCCCCGUGGGCGAUGCCGGCCCGGUGCGCGCCCGCGUGCUGUCCGCCACCCCCGCCCCCGAGCACGCUGACCCCACCGGCGAGCGCGUGCAGACCAGGCGCGUCGUUGUGAGCCGCCCCAUCGAGACCGUCCAGGAGAUCGACGUCGUGGAGCCCUUCACCAAGAUCCACCGCCUGGCCGUGCAGCAGCCUGCCGUGUUCAAGACGGCCGUGCAGGACGUGGCCCGCGUCCACACCUCCGUGCCCGUGUACGGCAAGGCCCUGGCCCCCUACACCGUGUACCACUAAGCACGCGGACGGCCCGGGGUGCCUAGGCAUGUAUACAUGUCCCUACUGACUGAGCAGCGUCGUCAGGAUUGCCAUCGCAACCCACUCAUUUCCUUUACGCCAUCGAGUUGACGUUUGGACCCUGAUUGCUCCUCAGUCGGAAAGUAUUGCCACCCGCGCCCAACGAGUGCGGCAGCACUUACGCGCGGCUGGUAAAACUUAACCGUUGUAUAAAUAUGCCAUACGGGACGAGGACAGUCGCGCCCGGAGUACUUGCAAAUUCGCGUUCGAACCUCUCCCGACCGUUCAUCCCUUUACAUUGCUCAAAAGUCCCGCGGUAGGAGAACUGUCACUUUGUCACUUAUGAGUAUAGACAUUCGCAAUCACUAUUAUUACCAUUCUCUUUCAGUAUUUUGCUCCGCAGUAGCUAGUCAAAACAUUGUCUGCGAAAAGUGUCUAUAUUUACAUACCACUCUCUCAAAGUUACCAUUUGUGUCAUGAUGAUAUUUUACAUAGCUAUCGUGCUAUCAUAGUUACCAUUCAUUUUCAUACUAUUUAUUUAUUCAUUAAAAAAGAAAGGUCUUUCGCACUUUUUGUGGAAGGAAAAAAAAGAAAUGAGAAUUCCUUGUUGUAAAUAGCCUGAGACAUCUUCGAAUCCCAGAAAAUAGUUGUAUUAGAAUACGAAAGUUUUCAAUGAUAUCAAAUCUAAUUGUGAUUUUUUAAUUCAACUGAAGUUACCACUUUGUGACUGAUCUAGAGUUAUCACGAAAAAAUGUAAGUAGGGUCAUUUUGACUGAGACAUUCUGAAAUAAACAAAAUGAUUGUUCCAGAAAA